AGUACAGCAGACCGAUAUCACGUGACCUAAUGUUUAUAUGGACGAGUUCAUUUUCUCUGAAGCAGCUCACCACUUUUCAUUGAACCCUUCUAAUCUCAAAAACAUGGAAUCUCGGAUGGUGAGCAAGGAUGUGCCAGAUAUUGAGAGUUUACUGGCACUGAAUCCCAAAAUAACCAAAUAUGCACAUCUUGUGUCCAGCACGGAGACCAAACAAAACAAGAAGCACUGGAAACGUAAUAGCCCCAAAGGAUGCUCGGAUUGUCCGCCAAGAACGAACAAUUUCGAGGACAUCAAGCACACCACUCUGAGUGAGCGAGGGGCCCUGAGGGAGGCAGCCAGGUGUUUAAAAUGUGCAGAUGCCCCUUGUCAGAAAAGCUGUCCCACUCAGCUAGACAUCAAGUCCUUUAUCACCAGUAUAGCAAACAAGAACUACUAUGGUGCAGCUAAAGCUAUUCUUUCUGACAACCCCCUCGGCUUGACAUGUGGAAUGGUCUGUCCGACCUCCGACCUCUGUGUGGGAGGAUGCAACUUGUAUGCUUCAGAGGAAGGUCCCAUUAACAUUGGGGGGUUGCAGCAGUUUGCAACUGAGAUUUUCAAAGCCAUGAAGAUUCCCCAAAUCAGGGACCCGUCCAUGCCCCCUUUGGAUAACCUCCCUGAUAGUUACAAGGCUAAGGUGGCCCUGCUGGGCUGUGGACCGGCCAGCAUCAGCUGUGCCACGUUUCUGGCCAGGAUGGGCUACACCAACCUCACCAUCUUUGAAAAGCAUGACUACAUUGGAGGACUGAGCUCCUCUGAGAUACCCCAGUACCGCUUACCUUACAGUGUUGUGGAUUUUGAGGUGGAGCUUGCCAAAGAUAUAGGGGUCAAAAUUGAGAAAGGGAGAGCACUUAGCACUUCUGAUAUCACCGUCCAGAAACUUAAGAAGGAAGGAUAUGAGGCAGUAUUUUUAGGCAUAGGAAUGCCAAACCCAAAGAAGAUCCCGAUUUUUGCUGAUUUGACAGAACCCAUGGGGUUCUACACAUCAAAGGACUUUCUACCAAAAGUGUCUGCUGCGAGCAAAGCAGGAAUGUGCAGUUGUAAGACCAAGCUGCCUCAGCUGUCUGGUAAAGUGAUUGUGCUGGGUGCUGGCGACACAGCCUUUGACUGUGCCACGUCCGCUCUCAGGUGUGGAGCCAAGAGAGUGUAUGUUGUGUUCAGAAAAGGGUUCACCAACAUCAGAGCCGUCCCCGAAGAGAUGGAGUUGGCUAAAGAAGAAAAGUGCGAGUUUCUCCCCUUUUUGGCCCCCAGAAAGGUGAUGACAAAGAAUGGCGUGAUUAUGGGGAUGGAGUUUGUCAGGACGGAGCAGGAUGAUGAUGGAAACUGGGUGGAAGACGAGGAAGAGAUCAUCCGCAUCAAGGCCAACUAUAUCAUCUCAGCCUUUGGCUCAGGACUGACCGAUUCUGAUGUGGUUGAUGCCAUGAGUCCAGUCAAGAUGAACAGGUGGGGGGCGCCCGAGGUGGACGAGCAGACGAUGCAGACCAGCGAGCCCUGGGUGUUCUGUGGAGGGGAUCUAGCAGGGGUGGCACAGACCACAGUAGAGUCUGUCAAUGACGGGAAACAAGCAUCUUGGCACAUUCACAAGUAUCUGCAGGCAUUACAUGGUAUUCCUAUUCCAUCCAAGCCUUCUCUGCCCAAGUUCUUCACCCCCAUUGAUGAGGUGGAUGUGAGUGUGGAGAUGUGUGGACUCAAGUUCCCCAACCCGUACGGCUUGGCCAGCGCCACCCCCACCACCAGCAGUACCAUGAUCAGGCGGGCCUUUGAGGCUGGGUGGGGAUUUGCCCUGACCAAGACAUUUUCCCUUGACAAGGACAUAGUGACAAAUGUGUCGCCCAGAAUUGUGCGGGGGACAACAUCGGGUCAUAUCUAUGGACCGGGUCAGGGGUCGUACCUGAACAUUGAGCUGAUCAGUGAGAAGACAGCAGCCUACUGGUGUCAGAGUGUCACCGAACUCAAGAGGGACUUCCCAGAACAUAUAGUCAUUGCCAGCAUCAUGUGUAGCUACAACAAAGAGGACUGGACAGAACUGGCCAAGAUGGCUGAGGCUGCAGGUUCUGAUGCUUUGGAGCUGAAUCUGUCCUGUCCUCAUGGAAUGGGAGAGAGAGGAAUGGGGCUGGCUUGUGGACAGGACCCAGAGUUGGUGAGAAAUAUUUGUCGCUGGGUAAGAGAUGCCGUCAAAAUUCCCUUCUUUGCCAAACUAACUCCAAAUGUGACAAGCAUUGUCUCCAUUGCCAAAGCAGCAUAUGAAGGUAAUGCUGAUGGAGUGACCGCUACAAACACCGUGUCCGGCCUAAUGGGUCUGAAGAACAAUGGCAUGGCUUGGCCCAAUGUUGGCAAGGAUCACCGCACGACCUAUGGGGGUGUGUCAGGGAACGCUAUCAGACCCAUCGCUCUCAGAGCAGUAACUGCCAUUGCCAGGGAACUCCCUGGUUUCCCCAUUUUGGCCACGGGGGGCAUCGAUUCUGCAGAGGCAGGUUUACAGUUCCUGCAGGGUGGAGCCACUGUUCUUCAGGUGUGUAGUGCCGUUCACAAUCAGGAAUACACAGUGAUAGAUGACUACAUCACAGGACUCAAGACUCUGCUGUACCUUCGAAGCGUGGAGGAACUUCAUAACUGGGAUGGUCAGAGUCCCCCUACUGCACCCCACCAACUGGGGAAACCCGUCCUGAAAGUGAAAGACAUAAUUGGAGAGAAUCUCCCAUCCUUUGGUCCAUAUCUGGCCAAAAGACAAGAACUGAAGGACCGUCUGUACAAAGAGAAAGACCUGCUAAGUGAAGAGAACAUACCAGAGCCCCAGAGACCAGCAAAUGCCCCAAAGAAGCCUAUACCCACAGUCAAGGAUGUCAUUGGUCUGGCCUUAUCCAGGAUCGGGACUUAUGGAGACUUGAACAAUCAGGAACAGGUGGUGGCACUCAUUGAUGAGGAAAUGUGCAUAAACUGUGGGAAAUGUUACAUGACCUGCAAUGACUCUGGAUACCAGGCCAUCAAGUUUGACGCCCAGACUCACCUUCCUACUGUCACGGAUGAUUGCACAGGUUGCACCCUGUGUCUGUCUGUGUGUCCUAUCAUCGACUGCAUCAGCAUGGUUCCCAGGACAACACCCUACAUACCAAAGCGAGGCAUCCCUCUAGGCACAGGGAAUAAUCUCCUGCCAGGAGUCAGCAUGGAGACCAAUUAAACUGCCCAAUCAAAAGAAAGAUUUAACCAUCGUCCUCAAUGACUGUAUCUGUAGGAUAUCUUUAUUCUAUUUUCUAGAUCAUGAAGUAUAAAGUAGCUUUGUUAAAAAAAUGUUGAAAUCCAUAUCCUAGUAGAUGAUGUAAUUGGUAGCUAUAUAUAGGGUGAUGUUAUAUAUAUUGGAAAAGGGAGGGUUCUUGAGUUAGAGAUUGGUGUGAAACCUAGUCAUUUAAGUAACGAUUGUUCUGUUAUGAUAUCAAAUUAGAAAUCUCUUUCAAAGUUAAUUUUUUCAUGUUGAAGAAAUCUGAAUUCUGGACUUAGUCAUAUUUGUUUUUGUUUUUGGGUUUUUUUAAACCCAAUAUAUAUUCAUUUAUGUAAAACGUGGACUUUUUAACAACAUGUCAUUAAUCCUGCAUCCCACAAUGUAAUUUAAUUUUGGUUGAAAAAAAAUAUUUUGUAUAAAUAAUAACAAUGUAUAAAUGUUGAAAAAAAUAUUUUAUAUGAAUAUUAAUAAUGUAUAAAUAAGUUACACUUGAGUUUGGGUACAGUUAAUUUUGCCGUGUUUUUAUGGAAGACAGCAAUGUCUCCAUUAUUUUAGCUGUUGUGGUGUCUUUUGAUUGUCUACCUCUAAUUCAUGAUUUUGAUUUAAAUUGAUGAUUUGUUGUGAAAAAAUCCCCUGCAUUGUUUAGUUCAUAUAUUUUUCUUAAUGCAAAGUAAAUUGAUCAGCUGUGACAACAUGUUUUGUAACUCUUUUACAUGAAGGUUUUGUAUUUUGUUUGUAUUUUUGUGGGAAAUAUUUUGAAACUUGUUUUACAGGAGUACCAGUAUUAAAAAUGGGCUAACGUAUUAUUAAACUAAUAGCUGGGCUAGAAUACUGUACUUUUUUUAAAAACUUUAAUUUAACCAAUCUGCUUUUUUGUUAGAAUUUUAAACCAUAUUGGUAUUUCUUGUUUGAUUUCACAUAGAUAACCGGUAUUUUGCAUUAUACCUCUACGUUUAUACAUUUCGUGAAAUGCAUAUCGUAUUCACUUUAUAUAAUAUUGUGUUAAUUUUAACAGCAUAUUCACUUAUUCUGAUUAUGUUAACUUGGUUAUAUUGCUCAUGGUGAAUUUAAUCGGUUAAUGUUUGUAUUAUGUAGUGACAAAUAGAAAAUAAAGAAUUGCAUGAUA